UCUGAGUGUCUUCAGUCCUCAGAGCUUCAGCUCACACUGAGGUCGCUCACUACCUCUGGAAGCACGUUUAGUUUUUAAACAAGUUUGAAUUAAAGAAUAAAUUAUUUAGUGCCUUCUGAAAGAGGUUUUUCUCUGCGCUUUUAUGUCUUUGAUCCGGACAUGUUUUAGUUUAGUUGACUUUAAAUACAAGUUAAUUAGCUCCAGUUUCUCUCAGGAAUGUUUGGACUCUGAGGUUAAUGUAGACUGGACCUGUAGCUCCCGGAGCGCAUUUCUUUACCGUUUAUCAACUUUUUUUUUUUUGCCUUGUGUGGAGACUAUCAUGCCAGUGGAAGAGUGAGGCUUAAAGGAUAUCCGGUCAGUGUGUGUAAGUGGCCAUGACCCCGAGAGGAAGCCGUACUGUACCGAAGAACACUGCUGCCGUGUGCACGCGCUGCGCCGCUAAAAUCAUGCCUUACUUCAGGGACAACGCGGUGGCUUCAUACGACCAGAUCGACCAGCUUAUCAGUGAGAAUUUCCUAACAGUCAAAGGAGCUGCCCUUUUCUUACCCCGUGGAAAUGGCUCCUCACCCUCCUCGGUGCCCCGUAUCACCCAGCGGCGCAACAAGCACACAGGUGAUCUUCAGCAACACCUACAAACCAUGUUUACUCUACUGCGGCCAGAGGACACCAUCCGGCUGGCAGUGAGGUUGGAGAGUGCCUACUCUCAGUGUACACGCUAUAUGGUGGUGGUGUCCACCAGUGGAAGGCAGGACACUGAGGAGAGUGUGGUCCUUGGCAUGGAUUUCACCAGCUCGGAUCGCAGUCCGUGCACAGUUGGUCUGGUCCUCCCCCUGUGGAGCGACACUCUGAUUCACUUGGAUGGAGAUGGAGGUUUCAGUGUAUCCACUGCCAACAGAGUCCAUAUCUUCAAACCUGUGUCUGUACAGGCCAUGUGGUCAGCACUGCAGUCCUUACAUAAGGCAUGUGAGGUAGCCCGGUGCCAUAAUUACUACCCAGGAAGCCUCUUUUUGACAUGGGUUAGUUACUACCAGACCUGUAUAUCCUCUGACCAGUACUGCAUCAAUGAGUGGAAUGCCAUGCAGGACGUGCAAUCCCACCGAUCUGACUCACCUGUGCUGUUUACCGACCUGCCAACUGAGAGAGAGCGCACAGAAAGGCUGAUCAAGACUCGCCUGAGAGAGAUCAUGAUGCAGAAGGACCUGGAGAAUGUAACCUCUAAAGAGAUCCGCUCAGAGCUCGAGAUGCAGAUGGUGUGUAACCUACGGGAAUUCAAAGAGUUCAUUGAUAAUGAGAUGAUCGUCAUCCUGGGCCAGAUGGACAGCCCCACAGAAAUCUUUGACCAUGUGUACCUGGGUUCAGAGUGGAACGCAUCCAAUUUGGACGAGCUCCAAAGCAGCGGGGUCCGUUACAUCUUGAAUGUGACACGGGAGAUUGAUAACUUCUUCCCUGGUCUUUUUGAGUACCACAAUAUCCGUGUGUAUGAUGAAGAGGCCACUAACCUCUUGGAAUACUGGAAUGAUACCUUCAAGUUCAUCUCCAAAGCCAAGAAAGCAGGGGUGAAAUGUCUGGUGCAUUGUAAGAUGGGCGUGAGCCGCUCUGCCUCCACUGUGAUUGCAUAUGCAAUGAAGGAGUACGGCUGGGAUCUGGACCGAGCCUAUGAGCACGUCAAAGAGAGGCGUACUGUCACAAAGCCCAAUCCCUCCUUUAUGAAGCAGCUGGAGGAGUAUCAGGGCAUUCUGUUGGCCAGCAAACAGAGGCACAACAAGUUAUGGCGAUCUCACUCAGACAGCGAUCUAUCAGAGCAGCAGGAACCCGUGUGUAAGAACCCACGUACACUGGGCCGUUCUGACCCCCACAGCCGGCAACACAAGCCCAAUGGCGCUCGCUCUGUGAAGAACGUGCUCCAAAUAAUCAAAAGCUCACAGCCUGGAACAGAAAGCACCCGUACUGACCUAUCUACACACCCUACCAGUCAGAAAAGCUCAGAGCGGCCAUGCGAGGACCCCUUGCUCCCAACUCUCCCACGGGCACGUGCGGCCACUGUAGUGCCUGAGCAGAAUUUGGAGGAUAGCUGCUAUCGCAAAGUGCCAGCGACGGAGCCCAUCACUUGCCCUCGGCCUUCCCUUCGUGUCCUUUCUCACUCCCGGUCUACCUCUCUCCAUGGACACAAGUUGCUAGCUGUGCCUGAGCCAGAAAUGGACUCUGAUAAGCCGUCUCUGGAUGUGCCUGUUCAAAACAACUCUCCAUCCUCUGGGACCCCGAGCUUGCCAUCGUGCUUGGAUACUGUGAGUAGUAUUAUUGAAACAGGAGACGUCUUGGCAUCUUCAAGGACUCCCGUGACAAAUAGCCAUUGUGAAGUUCCUCUAGAGUCAAGUUGUUCCACUAGCAGGAGCUCAGAGAGCUGCAGUACUGGCGAGACGACGGGCAGCUCUACCAGCCUUGGCACAGAGAGCAUUGACUUCUUCAGUGCUAGAGAGAAGUUCCUGGGCUUGUCACAGGAUGGCCAGUCCAGCUCACUUUAUGAAGCAAUGACCCUACACACAGCUCAGUCCCAAAGCAACAGGCUAUGCCUGGAGGAAUCAAACCCAACAGCAGCCAAGGAGGGUUCCUCUCAUUCAGAAAGCUCCUGUGAAGCUGAAGCCCCUCCAUCAGCAGAGCCCGACCUCAUUAAUAGUGUAUCGGCGGGAUACACCGUGUCUGAACUGGAGUCGGUUUCUUCUCCACAGCCGCCAGCUCUCAGCCCUCAACCCGCUCUCCAGGAACAUCAGGUGGAUAAAGAGGAAGUGGAACAAAAACUAGAAAGACCCUCCUCUCCUCCAUGUGAGCAGCCAGACCAGGAGGGCCUCCUCUCUCGCGCUUCUCACUCAGCCUGCAUGGACGAUGCAGAUGUGCAGCAGCUCUGUACUCCUCCACCAGGAGGUGCCAAUUCCAUCAAGACAGAAGCAGAAGAGCACGGAGAUGGGGCACGGCCACUGGAUGAUGAUGACUCUGGUAUAAUCCCAGACCCGUCUAUCUGUACAGCCACUGUGUGCCCGAGUCUAGAUCCCAGCUCCUCCUCGUCUUCCCUGCUGUGGCUGGAAAGUGAUGCCGAGGAGGUGACGAUAAAGCCAUGUGACUUGCACAAGAUCCAGGAGACACUGCGGGAGCUGCAGGCCUUCCUGUUUGAGGCUGGAGGUGUGGAGGCCAGCUUCAACUACAGCCAGCAGCUUAAGAACCUGCACAGCGCCACAGAGUCGCAGCCUCGGGCCCUGACCGUGUGGCAGAGAGCCAUGGAGAUGGAAGCACGGAUCAGACAGGCUGGUCUUACUCCACCCUCACUUAUGAAACGCUCAGCUUCACUGGCCAAACUUGAUCAGCUUGAGCUGUUCACACACAACCUGAACGACUGGGACUUCCAGUCUGAACUGCCUUCCUCUCCCUCUUCACAUUCACAUUUACUUUCCAGUAGCCAUGAUGAGGUCCAUAAGAAGCAGCGCGUUCUACCUCAGACCCUCGCAGAGGCCAACAGAACUGAAAACUCCUGCCAAACCUCAUGUUCCUGCCCACAGUACAAGCAAGGUGGCAGCACGGGACAGCCCACAGACACCUCAGCCACACCCAGUGUCUCUGUGUGUACACGGCAGCAGCAGCACACAAAGCCACACCCCAUCCGCCGGGCUCGCAAAGCAGCGGACAAGAAAAAGACCGUAACUGUACUGUACAAUACCAUGUAACCUGUAAUGAACAAUCACAGCAGGGAUUAUGUGUGCCAUAGAUGUGCUCUGUUGUUAAUGUUUGGAUUCAUGAGAGCCAUUUGUAAGCUAAACCCAUGAGCGUAUGCUACUGUAUCUGAUGUAUGUAAUAAGUGUAUGCAAAUAAUGUGCCCCUUUCAAAUAUCACUGCAAAUAAAGGGGCUUGUUUCUCAAACCAUGCACUUUACUAACUUUUUUUAUUUGUAAUAUUGUUUAAGUUUGCAUUUUUAUUCCAGGAAUGAUUUUUUUUGCACUGAUAUGAGAGGCAUCCUAUCUGUGUGUAUGUAGAUGUGCGUGCUGAUCUGGUUUUUGCUGGAAAAUGGAGACAACUUGAUCUGAAAUUUUUUAUCCUGUGUCUAUUAAUAAAUGAAAUGCACACCUUUU